CAAACUCUUGCACCUAGCAAACAACGCUGCCUUUGGCUCUUCCUGCUAGGUUCAGAAUAAUCUUUAAUAGAAGUCUUCAAGCUUCUCUCUUAUUCCAAUGCCUUAUUCUUCCAAGAGUGAAAAAUUUAAAAUUUCAAAGAGGGCAAUUGGUGUUUCUAGAACGUUAUUGAAGUCAUUAGCAGUGCGUUUGAUGGAGGAUUGGUGGAUAGAAUAAAAUUUGCAUAUUUGGUUAUUUAAAGUAUUUUUUAUCUCAUUCAUGUGUAAUGCAAAAAUUUCUGCUGACAGGAAGAAAAAAUAAAGUAAAAUUUUUUAAUGAAAAGUAAUAAAAGAAACCCAUAUUCACUCAAAAAGAGGUGGGUCAAGAGAUCUUAAUUAG